CGUAACGAUAGCAAACAAUUUCAAAGUAGCAUCGUAGCGUUUGGUACGUGUUUUAUAGGUUAGAUUAUAUUAUUUUCGCAGUUAAGAUUGUCAACGGUAACCGCGGCGAUAUCAUAUUAUCGUUACGGAACGCUCUGACAUUACGAACUGAUCGAUGAUCGGGUAUAACCUCACUGGACGAGGUUAUCUCUCGCACGUGCGAGAACGUUUUACCAUGAAGUGACAAUUGUCGAAGAGCACCGUUUGCGUAAUCCUCUCGCUCUCUCUCUCGUUGAAAAAAGGUCAAAGUAAAUCCGUAUAAAUCGGUAGUAAUCGGUUAGUCUCGACAGUGCGUGCAGAUAUCAGUUGGGAGAAAUGGCCUCGAAUGAAGCUGGCGCACCGCUGAUCGGUCGGGACGACAUCAACUGGCGGAAAGAUUUGAUUUCGCAAUUACGUGAGAGAAACAGGUCGCAAACCAAUUGCUUCGCCGAUCUCAUAAGCCUACAUAACAGACUAUUUGAAAGCGCCAACACAUUGCGAAAUACCAACAUGCAGUUGACAAUAGCAAAUGAAACUCUUCGUCGUGAAGUAGCUAAUGGCACUAUUGGUACGGGUGGAAAUCCUGAUCUGGAGGCAAGGUUGUUGAAGCAAGCCGAGGAACUGAUGAUGCUGCAUAAAAGGAAAGGAGAGCAUACGCAACAAAUAGUGGAUCUCAAUACCACGUUGCAAGAAAUGAAGAAGGAGCUUCAAGCAAAGGAAGCUAGUCUUGCUGAAAGUCUGGAGAGUAUCACCAAUUUACAGUUAGAAAUAACUAAAUGUCACAGCAGAGAAAAAGAAUUAGAAAGUGCCAAUCAAAUGCUCAAAGAUGAACAUCAAGCUUUGCAGCUCGCUUUUGCAUCUUUAGAGGAAAAACUUAGGAAAACACAGGAAGAAAAUCGCGGUUUGAUCGAGCGCUUAAUAAAAUACAAAGCCAGAGACGCGGAUAAGAUGAACGAGGAAAAUGACAAUUUCCUAAGUUUUUCGAGUCCGACAGCCUUUUUGAUGCAUAGGUUAUCAAAAAUUGGGAAGCGGCAGGCAAAAAUGCAAAAAGAGCUGGAGGAUGCGGCACGGGACACGCGACCUGUUAGUCCAGAUCGUUUAAGCUUAAAAGAGGGAAUCGCUAGUCUUCCGACAGCAGUGCCAACGAAAGUAUCCGUAACAUUUAGCGCUCACGAGGGGGAAGUUUACGCAGCAAAAUGGUCGCCCACCGACAGAAUCCUGGCUACUGGCGGUGCCGACAGAAAAGUAAAGCUUUGGAAUAUUACCAAAGGAACGUCGGAGAGCAAAGGAAUCCUCGUCGGUAGCAACGCCGGGGUGAUGUCCGUGGACUUCGACUCGACCGGCACCCUCAUCCUCGGAGCGUCCAACGAUUACGCAAGCCGCGUCUGGAACGUCAGUGAUCUUCGCCUAAAGCACACUCUCACGGGCCACUGCGCAAAGGUGAUGGCAGCCAAGUUUCUCGGCGAACCGUCGAAAGUAGUUACGGGAAGUUACGAUCGCACCUUAAAAAUCUGGGAUCUACGCAGCAAAGCAUGUAUAGAGACAAAAUUUGCUGGAUCGAGUUGUAACGACCUCGUAACUUCGGACGGAGCUGGAUCGACGAUAAUUAGCGGUCAUUUUGAUCAAAGGAUCAGAUUUUGGGAUACCAGAGCGGAAUCCAGCUCGAACGAUAUCUUGCUCGAGGGCAAAGUUACGUCGCUGGAUUUAUCUCGCGACGCAAAUUACCUUUUGAGCUGCGUGAGGGAUGACACGGUCAAGUUGAUUGAUUUGCGAAUGAAGAAGAUUGUUGGGUCGUUUAGCGCCGACGGUUUCAAAGUGGGAUUCGAUUGGACGAGAGCCGCUUUCAGUCCUGACGGACAAUACAUUGCGGCCGGUUCCGCGGACAGUUCCGUCUUCAUCUGGUCUAUAGCAACGAACGCAAUUGAAACGAUACUGAAGGGACACUCAGCGGCGGUGACUGCCGUGUCCUGGCAUCCGCACGGCACGUAUCUGGCGUCCGUCGAUCGCGCCAAGACGGUGACGGUUUGGGGCGACCACGUUUGACAGGAGUGAUCCCGUGACAGACGACUGUUAUUUCACGCAUAAAAGAUCAUCUCGCGGCGUUUUGUCUACUCUGGCCGCCGCGCGAGUCGUGAAAAAAAAUAAGAAGAGGACGCGAUUCCACUCGGCGGCAAUCCAGCGAGAGGAGAAUUCACGGUGGAAGAAUAAUCAAAAUCAUCGGUCGGUUCGACCGCACACGGGGCUGUAAAACCAUGUAAGAGAUGUCGAGAGGCGUCUUUGUAAAGCGCACGGACACCGCGCGCCGAACAAAUUUCAGAGAAGCGGCAGGGACGGACUGUUGUACAUAAAACUGCACUUAUUGUUACUCCCAGGUUGUAAAGAUUUCCCCCUCUUUAGAAUAGUACCUUCGCAAGCCGGCCGCGCCGCGCCGUCUACCCGACGAGGAAAUUUAAGAGAUUAUCGUAGUUUAUACCGGUAUUUCAAGGGAUUUCGCUAGAUUGUACGCUCUUUCUUUGCUAACUGUAAAAGCGGAGUCGCGUGUCAAUCGUCCGUACGAAUCAGGUUCGCUGUCGCGGAGAUUUAUAUUUAUGGGGUUCUACGGACGAUUACGUGGCUUCGAUAUACUAACUCGGUGAAUAUAACAUUGUCUUUAUUAUUGUUUUCUUUCUCUUCUUUGUUUUUGUAACAAAAUCGUCAAUUACACUUUGAUAGAUACACAGAUAAUGAUAUUUUUCGGAAUGCAAUGAGAUAAACAGAUGAAAACAAUUGCUGUGUAAAACGCAAGAUAAAAAUAUAUUUAAGAGAUGAGAUCACA